AUGACUUUGGGGAUAGAAAUUCAAUCAAGCGAAGAGAUUACCGUAUAUGCUGUUAAUAAACAUACGACUACAUCUGACGCAUUUGUUGUAUUUCCAGUUGAUUUGCUCGGAUACGCAUAUUACGCAAUUCUCAAACGUUCCAAGCUGUUGGAAGUUCGAGUUCAGACUAUUCAGGAACCUUUCAUUUGGUCUUCAAAGGUGGUAUCAGUAAUAAGAGGUAAUCAAUACAGUCGCAUAGGCGCUGGAUUCGCUGAUCAUCUGUCAUCCCAAAUGACACAAAUUGAUACAUUUGGUAAAAGGUUUGUUACUAUAAACAUGCAAAACUGCGAUGUGCCAGUUAAUUUUAAAAUUGUCGCUAGUGCGAACAAUACGAAUAUAAAUAUAUAUGGAAAAGGUACUGUUCAUUUGUUAAUAGCUGGUGAUUUAUAUAGUUUUCAAAUCGUUGUUAAAUCAUCACGGACUAUUGUUGCAGACAAACCAGUUGCGGUAGUAUUCUUUGCAGAAGGUGGCUUUGGUUCCGAUAAUGGAGACCCGGCCAUGAUAUCACUACCACCUUUAGAACAGUUUGCUGCAGACUAUACGUUUUCAACAAUUAAUAAUCCCGAUAACCAUUCAGUAGGUGGUGGCUUACAAUGA